CAGUAACUGACAUGGCGGAGAGAACGUGUGGUUCAGACGGGCACUGAAGCCCACGAAGGAAACUGCCAGGAUUUAAGAUGGCGGCAAUAGAGGUUCGGUUGCCGGUGGCCCGCAAGUUGGUGGUCCAGAGCCUGGCGCAGGGGAGCGACAAGCACUUGGUGGCUCCGGGGGACACGAUCACCACAGACACGGGCUACAUGCGGGGCCAUGGCACGUAUAUGGGAGAUGAGAAACUUGUAGCGUCGGUAGCAGGCGCUGUGGAGAGAGUGAACAAACUGAUCUGUGUCAAAGCUCUGAAAACCAGGUAUAAUGGCGAAGUUGGUGACAUUGUGGUUGGGAGAGUAACAGAGGUUCAGCAGAAACGAUGGAAGGUGGAGACCAACGCCAGGCUGGAUUCAGUCUUGCUUCUCUCAUCCAUGAACCUACCAGGAGGGGAGCUGAGGAGGAGAUCAGCGGAGGAUGAGCUUGCAAUGAGGGACUAUCUACAGGAAGGGGAUCUUAUCAGCGCAGAAGUCCAGGCAGUAUUUUCUGAUGGGGCUGUAUCACUGCACACACGGAGUCUGAAAUACGGGAAGCUUGGCCAGGGUGUGCUUGUUCAGGUCUCUCCCUCCCUCGUGAAACGCCAGAAGACUCACUUCCAUGAUCUGCCCUGUGGCGCCUCCGUGAUCCUUGGCAACAAUGGCUUCAUCUGGAUCUACCCAACGCCCGAGCAGAAGGAUGAAGAGGCAGGGGGCUUUGUCACCAAUCUGGAGCCAGUCUCCUUACGUGACCGGGAGGUAAUCUCACGACUCCGGAACUGCAUCCUAGCUCUGGUUGCUCAGAAGCUGAUGCUCUACGACACCAGCAUUGUGUACUGCUACGAGGCCUCCCUUCCCCAUCAGAUCAAGGACAUUCUCAGACCAGAGGUGAUGCAGGAAAUUGUGCUGGAGACUCGGCAGAGGUUGUUGGGACUGGAGGGAUGAGGGAAGGAGACACGGCAGCUUGGAGUUCUGCCAAAGCAGCAUUGUCUCCCCAACUUCCUGCAUCGCCCCAACCCCCUAAAUGUCUUUCCAGAGCUCAGAAAAUACCCGACUCUCCCUGUCUCACUUCCGGGAUUCCUUCUGGUUUGUAGGGCAGUGUAAAGCCCUCAGCCUGCAGACUGGAUGUAUUCUCUUUGUGAAGAGCAGCUGCCACUGGGACAUAGCUCACUAGACUAGUUGCCAUGGUGGGCAAUGUGCUUCUAAAGUGCCCCUAAUGUGGUCCACAUUGUUAGAGGACAGAGAAGACAAGGUAUUUUGUUUUGUGGUUCCCCCCACCCCCAAGAUUGCAUUAGCAGUCCUAGCAGUGGUUGAUCUUGACAGUGAUAGGAGCUCUACCAAUGUGUCCUUUAUUCAAGAGACAUUUUACUCCUCAAGACCCACAUUGCAGCUACCCAUCUCCAAAGAACGGGACUCGUUGCCGAGCCUAUGUCAGCGUGCUGUGCGGAUCUCUCUGCCUCCUUCCAAACACACACUGGAUUUGAGUGUUGAGUUGCAUUUUCUGCGCUUACAAUAUAGCGCACAGAAUGGUACAAAAACCCGCUGGUGCCGGGUGGACAUCUCACUGCUUAUUGAGUGCCCACAGAUAGUAGGCAGGCAAGGUGCUUUGAUUCUCCAGAGCAAAAGGCAUCUUCCCAUCCCAUGUGCGGAAGUGAUGAUCCCAAGUGUCUUAUUUUGUAGGUCUGAUACUGUGAGCUCCUCUGAUCGUGAAGGGUUUAGCUGUUGUUUCCUACUAGAGGGUUGGGGGUUUUUUUGUUAAAUCUUCAAUAAAGAAUGUUUUUUGAGAGAGAA